GAAAUUUACUCUCUGUGGAAAUGUUUGGACAACCUGACAACAGAGAAUUAAAAGAAGUCUGUGGUUUGUAAGUCGUCGUGAAUUAUUUUAAUUCUGUGCUAUUGCCUUUCGCGAGAAGCGAUGUCAGAAUUCGACAAAGUAAAGGAUAUGAGGCAAAAGAAGUAUUUCUCUAUGAACAAGGAUAGGAAAGAUGGUAACCGGAGACUGCCUAUUAUCCUGGCAAAGCCCGAGCGGGACACUGACAGGGAUAAGGAGAGGUUGGGAGAUAAGAACAUGGCAAAGUCCUCAGAGCGUCUACAGUCCCAGCCAACCAUUAUCCUUCGCACAAGGGAAGGAGAGAACAGGGCUGUAUCCCCAAGUCAACGUCCAGCUACUGUUCUCAGGAAGGAAUCGGAGACACAACAGCCACCAUUAUACCACCUUGCAGCCAAGCAUGCAGGAGGAGAUAACGUAAACCCUCUAGCCCUGCCAACAGAAAUGAAGAGCAGUGUUAAGUUGGUGGAUGAAGCAUUCCAGUUCUGUGAUGGGGCCUUGGAGUUUCUACUGGAUCAGAAUGACUUCAUGGUGGUAGGCUGCUUGGGACUGCAGGGUGUUGGGAAGUCGACAUUCAUGUCCCUCCUGGCAGGCAACCAUCCUGAUGAACCCAGCAAGAACUUCUACUUCAGGCCACAGAGCUUGGAGCACCACGAACUGGGUGGGCACUGUACAACAGGAGUUGACCUGUUGGUGACUUCAAAUCGUGUCAUCCUGUUGGACACACAGCCCAUGCUGUCAGCAUCAGUCAUGGACCGAUUGGUACAGCAGGAGAACAAGAAGUUUGGUGGGACCGAGUUUGCAUCGACAGAGAAUGCCAUGGAGAUACAGUCCUUGCAGCUGGCAGCAUUCUUGCUGUCUGUCUGUCACGUUGUCAUAAUGGUGCAGGACUGGUUUUUUGACCCAAACUUUCUCAGAUUCCUGCAGUCAGCAGAGAUGUUGAAGCCUUCCACUCCAACGACAUCACAAGAUGAGGAAAUUAUAGAGUAUUUUCCAAAUGUGCUGUUCCUUCAGAAUCAUGCAACAACCACUGAUUUCAGUCCUUCACAGGUCAAAUUGAUGCAGUCAGUGUACAAUCGAACGUUCUUGAGGUCCAGACUUCAGAUCCAGAGUGGUAUGGGCAUUGCCACAGGGAAUAUAAUCAACUCCUUAACUCCUGCCACGUGUGGAGAAGCCAUGAACUUGUUCCUCUUACCGGAAAUUGGAGAGAUAGAAGAGGACGGUCACUACAGAGGUCAUCCUGGUUUCACUGAGCUGCUGUCAAAAUUGCGGAACCAGAUCCACGGCGUCGCGCGCCACCCGAUCACCCACACUAUCCUCUCUGAGAAGAAUUGGUUCCACUAUGCUUCUAAGGUAUGGGACGGAGUUAAGAAGAGUUCCUUCUUCCUGGAGUACAGUCGAUUGUUGCCCUAAGCUAUUUACAUGUACUGUCUUUUUUUUUUUUGUAAAUAAAUAUGAUGUAAAAACAUGA